GACGAGAAUGUGGUGUCCAGAAUUCUGGUGCUGCUGGAUAACGACAACACCAUCCCUUUCAUUGCUCGCUAUCGGAAAGAGCAUAGCGGGGGACUAGACCCGGCCGUGCUUAGACACAUUGACGGACAGUACCAACUCCUGAAAGAAGUUCACAAAAAGGCUGAGAGCACAAAGAAGAAGAUGGGUGAUCAGCUAACAAUUGAAAUAAGGGGAGCACUAGAUAAUGCACAGUCAGUUGAAGAAGUUGAUGAAAUUCAAUUUCUCCAACUACAGAUUCCGCUUCUCCAUGCCGGGCAACACAGAAAGUCUAUAUUACAGCUUCAAUAUUGGGCAUUUCAUUAGCAUCUCUACAGAGUUCUAUUUCUUUACUGACUAUGGCCUUGAGUUGAUUGACCAUCAGUAUGCUUGGUUAGAGAAUGACUUGAAGGAGGCAGCAGCCCCUGAAAACCGCACCUUUCGCCCGUGGAUCUUUCUGAUGGGUCAUCGUCCCAUGUACUGCUCCAAUACAGACCAUGACGACUGUACCAUGCAUGAGAGUCGAGUUCGGACAGGAAUUCCAGAGCUUAACAAACCAGGACUAGAGGAUAUACUCUACAAAUAUGGUGCUGAUGUCCUUAUAUGGGCGCAUGAGCAUUCCUAUGAGAAACUCUUUCCUGUGUAUAAUCAACAGAUGUGUAAUGGUUCCAAGGAAGCACCCUACACCAACCCUUGUGCACCCGUCCAUAUCAUAACAGGAUCUGCUGGUUGCCAAGAAAACCAUGACCCGUUCAAGUACCACUUUGGACCAUGGACUGCCUCCCGGUCCCUUGACUACGGCUACACACGAAUGACCAUCCACAACAAGACGCAUAUCUACUUUGACCAGUUCAGUGUUGACAAGGUAGGUCACAUGACAACAAGAUGCAUAUCUACUUUGACCAGUUCAGUGUUGACAAGAAAAUGGUUGUGGAUAGUACCUGGCUGAUAAAAGACAGACAUGAGUCAUAUUUCAAGGCCCACCAUUAACUCUCCAAGGGACUCUUCUUAUACUUAACAAUUUAUCACAUUUUAACAGGGUUUGGGGGGCGUAAAUUGAUUAUUUCAUCAUUUAGGUAGCCUGUGUACAGCCGGAAAUAGUUUCAUUAGAACCAUUUUGUGGCUGCAUGCAGGCUACAUUUAAGGGGUCUGGAAUUUUUAUGUGAUUUUUCAGGCAGUUUGAAUAACAUGUUUUACUUGAAAUAAAGUCAUGUAACUGCUCCACCUA